AUUUACUUGUAAGCAUUCAGGCGGUACAGAAACAAAGUUCGAUUUACGCGGUUAGCUGGAAAUUAGUGGAAAAACAAGAGCAAAUUUAUAUAACGAAACAUACUCAACUAUACGUACUCGGCAAAACAUAUUUAUGUAAAAUCAUACAUACAUAUAUGCAUAAAUGUAUAUACUUAAACAUAAAUACACAUUCAUAUAAAACGGAAAUAAAAGUGCAAAGGAAAGCAAAGCGACGCAGGAAGUGCAUUGAAACUGUGUGAUAGAGCAUAUCAGGAUACUAACGGCAAUAUCGAGCAAUAAGUAUAACGGAAUUAGUACAUAUGUAGUUGUAUUGUAUAAAUGUAUGUAUGUAUAGUUAAAAUAGCAGUGGCAGCAAAAAUACGAUCAAAAAAACUAAUCAGUCAAAAAUCUACAGGAGCGCGUAGUUUUUGGUAAGAAAAACAGAAGCAAAACUGAGAAGAGAAGAGUCAAAAAAUCUGAAACGCACAAAACCCAACCCGGCAUUGUUGUCAAAAAUAAUUUUUUUGUGAAAUACGCCAGUAUCAAGGACAAAAAGCAAAACCAAAAGCAACAUAAACUAUAAAUAAAAGCCGAGGCAACAACGUCAAUGUCACGGCAUAACGGAGCAUGCGUCAAUAUUGUUCAUUGCCAAAGUGUGGGUGUUAUUGUAGCGUCAGGACUCAGUACGGCACGAAGUCGUAAGUAACCUGGUCAUACGUUAGCGUAGAAACCCGGCCAGCGUUUCGCAACCGAAAAAACGAAGCUCGUAGUGAGCAUUAGAUAGCGAGCGCCAGGAGCACAAAGUCCAAAACGGUGAAUCUGCAUUUAACAGUUGGAAGAGCAGCAGCAAGUAACGGCAGCAGAAGUGCAGUAGUUUUAUGAUUAAUCAUUACAAAUAACAUUGACAAUAACAUUCGAAGGACAUUGCGUUCGUCGUGGUAAAAACGUGGGAAUUUAUUAUAUACACAAAUAGACAAGUUUAUAAGAAAUAAGCUGAAUAUAUACUAGUAAUAUAGUGCGUGAGUGCAAGUGAAAGUGAGAAAGCAAAAUUUUUUGCCAUUCGGUUCCAAUCGUUAUUCAAUUGAAAAGACACAUUUCAUCAUACCACAACUCGAAAUAAUCGUAGUCCUGUAGUCAGAAAAUUGCGAAUAAACUGAAGACACCUGACGAAAUACAUUUGCAAAAUUGAAACUCAGCAGAAGGGAUACCAUUUUUCCAGGACUACUACUGUUAUUUUACAAUCAUAAGCAAAUAAUUAGUGGAACCACGAAAAGACUACCAGAAAAAUAUUAAAUAAUCGAAAAAGGAACGAUAACCAGCAACAUGUCGACGACCUCAAUGGAAAAUACGCCUGCCAAAGUGGGCGUUAAAGAGGAGAGCGCCCACCUGCUGGAGGCGUCUGACACCGGUGAAAAAUAUGGCUCGAAUAAAGCGGAUCAGGAAAAUUUACUCGGCAGCAGCAUGGUGCACGGUGCAAGUCAGACCAACUCCAAGACACUUCCGCAAUAUGUGGCCGCCUUAUCGGCUGCUGGGGGUGCCUUCGCCUGUGGUACCCUGCUCGGUUGGACCUCACCGGCAGAGGUAAAAAUCUACGAUGGCGCUUACGAUUUCUCCGUAAGCAAAGGCGAAUUCUCCUGGGUCGGUUCAGCCAUGACAUUAGGUGCGGCUUGCGUUUGUAUACCAAUUGGUAUACUCAUCAACUUGGUUGGGCGUAAGAUGGCUAUGUUACUGCUUGUAAUACCGUUUACCAUCGGCUGGGCUUUGCUGAUCUGGGCACAAAAUGUUAUCAUGAUGUACAUAGCACGUUUCCUGCUGGGUAUUGCUGGUGGCGCCUUCUGUGUAGCCGCACCUAUGUACACUGGCGAGAUAGCGCAAAAGGAAAUUCGUGGCACGCUCGGCAGCUUCUUUCAACUUAUGAUAACGGCUGGUAUAUUGUUUGUGUAUGCUAUUGGAGCUGGUCUCAACGUCAUGUGGAUGAGCAUUGUUUGCGGUGUGCUCCCAUUGAUCUUCGGCGUCAUUUUCGUCUUCAUGCCCGAGUCGCCUACAUACUUGAUCAUUAAGAACAAGGAUGAAGCUGCUGUUAAAUCCAUUCAGUGGCUACGUGGCAAGGACUACGAAUACAAGGCUGAAAUCGAGGAGUUACGUGAAACCCAAGAAAAGAUCAAGCAAAAUCGAGUAUCGUGGAUGGAAGGUCUGUCACGUCCCGUCACACGCAAGGCAUUGUUUGUCAGUUUGGGCCUUAUGUUCUUCCAGCAAUUGUGUGGUAUCAACGCCGUCAUCUUCUACUCAGCCAAAAUUUUCGAAGACGCAAACACCGGCAUUGACUCGAAUCUCUCCACCAUUGUCGUCGGCAUCAUGCAGUUCAUUGCCACUUUUGUAUCGACGAUUGUUGUUGACAAACUUGGACGCCGUCUAUUGCUGCUCACCUCUUCCAUCAUCAUGGCGCUAUCCACCAUCUCCAUGGGUGUUUACUUCUACCUGCAGGACCAGGAUGCUGACUCAGUCGCCAAUAUCGGCUGGUUGCCCGUCGUCAGCUUGUGCGUCUUCAUUGUACUCUUCUCAAUUGGUUUUGGCCCGGUGCCAUGGCUGAUGAUGGGCGAGGUAUUUGCUGCCGACAUUAAGGGCGUGGCUGGUUCCAUUGCCGGCACAACCAAUUGGGUUUUGGCCUUCAUCGUAACAAAGACUUUCGUGAAUUUGACCGACUCCAUUGGCAAAGGCGAGACCUUCUGGCUCUUCUCGGGCAUCACAAUCGUCGGUGUAUUCUUCGUCUACUUUAUUGUGCCCGAAACGAAGGGCAAGAGUUUGAACGAGAUCCAAGCUGAGUUGGAGGGCAAAAGCGCGAGCACAGCGCCAGCCGCAGUCAACGGCGCUGUUUAAAUGAGAGCGGGAGAGAGCGAAAAAAAGAUGAAAAUGGAAAAUAGAAGAUGUGCAUAACUUACAGCUGCAGAAGAACACACGAAGCGGAAGAGUUAUCGUUUCUAUUUUCUUGAAAAACGAAAAAUAGUGUCUGCAAUCGGCGCAUGCGCGUUGGACCUUUGCAAAAUGCGUUGCAUGUAUUAAUGCUUUUCUAAUCUUAUUAUAUUACAAUAUUAUUAUUUUAUUAGAAAAGUAUUGCAUAAUUUUAGUUAAUAACAAUACAUAUACCGCAUGAUACAUGAUCACAUACAUACAUACAUUUAUCUAUAGACUCUAAUAUUAAGCCUAAAAUGUAAGCAAACACGAGAGGCAGGAAAGCAAUUAUUUAUUAAAAAACGAAACAUCUGCAAUAUUUCGCUUUCCCGUUGCCUUUACUAAUUCUGCAACAAAGAAUUUAUAAUUUAAUUAUGUGUGUAAGAAUUAUAUUUGUUAUUAUUUUAAUAUGUUAUUUACCGUAAAUUCGCAUACGUACACAUUUUAUAUAUGUAAAUAUUUUUUUGUUGGCAACUCAUAAUGUUUUAAAAUAUUUAUAUACACGCACGCAUAUGUAUUUGUGAGUGAAAUUUUAAUCUGUUUGUUUUGUUUAAACCGAAAAUAAUUUGUAUACUCACUUGUGUCUAAGAAAAUGCAAUUUUAUGUAAAAGUUUUUACGCGUCUAAUGUACAUAAGCCAUUUUUAUUUCAUAAAAGUACAUACCAUAUAAACAUUAAGAAAAAUUAAUUUCACAAAAAAUAAAAAAAUAUAUUUUUUGUUUAUUUAAAAAAAAAUUGUUUAUUAAAAUAAUAAAAUAGAGAAAUAUUUUUUAAAACACAGAGUUGUAAUUUAAAAUAAAAUAAACAUUUUUUAAUAUAUUCUUUUUUUGUAAUUAACUGUUUUUUGUUUGUAUUAGAAAAUAUUUUUUUCAUAAUUUAUAUAAAAAUUUUAUGGAAAAUGUCAUCAGGAAAAUUAAACUCGAACAUCAGAUGCAAUUAAAAUGAAUAUAUUUAUAAAAUUUAAAAAGUAAAAAUUAAUAUAAAAAAUAUUUUUUUUUAUAAAAUACAAUUUUUUAAUAAAAAAAAUUUUCAUAAUUUUAUUACAUUUUAUUAAAAGAAAAUUUUGAAAAAAAAUUAGAGAAAGGCGGUAAAGAUGACAUGAAUAAAACUAACAGAGAAGACUGAAGGUCAAAAGGAUAUCCUAAAGAAAAUACACUUAUAAUCAAAUGCAUGAAAUGUUGAAAAAUAAAGUUGUUGUAAAAGUGUAAAAUGUUUUCAGAAUUAGGUUAGAAGUUUAAAAAGAUAUGACUGCUGCAGUAAGAAGGCAGCCCAAGAAGGAAGCGUUUGUUAAUGUGUGCGUGUAUAAAGUAAGCUAGGUUUGUUGGUAGAAGAAAAAUCACACAGUUUAUAGUAUUGAGGUUUGAAAAACUAUUAGCAGCAUACCACCAACCAAGCAUAUUAGAGUUUACAAAAACAAUAUAUUAUAUAAAACAAAAAAAUAAUUACACAAAGUACACGAACUAACUGUAAAGUAAUACAAAGCAUAAAAACGCAUUUAAAAUAAAAUAAAAAUGAACACAUUCUAACUGUAAAUUGCAUUUUUAAAUAUUUUUUUAUUUAUUUUCUUUGCUGUUGCACUUCGUCUUGUGAAUGUGUUUACGAACGCACAAAGACAUACAAAUAUUUGAAACUUUCUGCAAAAAUUUAGAAAACCAAAUUUUAGUUCAACAUAAUAAACUUUAAAUA